AUGGCUGUUGUUGCAGCCGCCUUCAGCAAUGAAACUGAUCAAUUCGCUUUGCUUGCCUUCAAAGGCCAAAUCACCAAUGAUCCACUUCAAGCUUUAAGUUCAUGGAACGAUUCUCUCCACUUCUGCAAGUGGCAAGGAGUCAAGUGCAUUCGCCGGCAUGAAAGAGUAGUCGCCUUGAACAUAAGUCAAAUGGACUUGAAAGGGCUACUCGCUCCCCACAUUGCAAAUCUCACAUUCCUUCGACAUAUAAAUCUCCGAGGGAAUAAGUUCCAUGGCUCGAUCCCUCAAGACAUAGGCUGGGGAAUACCCAUCAAUAUAACCCAGUGUUCAGAGCUCAGACGAAUCAAUGUAGGCCGGAAUAGCAUUGUGGGCGAGAUUCCAGUUGAGCUUAGCUCUUUGCCAAAGCUCACUAUACUAUAUCUUCAUUCUAACAAGCUUGUAGGAAGCAUCCCUCCUUUUGGGAACAUUUCAUCUCUCACCAAGCUUUGGUUAAACCAAAAUAGCUUGCAUGGAAGCAUUCCAGUCGAUCUGUGCCAAAUUCCCAACUUGAAAGUCCUUCAAGUCUCUGAAAAUAAAUUAUCUGGUAUCAUUACUUCUCAGCUUUACAACCUCUUGUCGAUGCGUACUUUUAAUGUGAUGAACAACUUGUUUUCUGGAAGAAUUCCACCUGAUAUAGGCCUCACUCUUCCAAACCUCGAGAAUCUUUACAUGGCAGGAAACCAAUUUACGGGUCCUAUUCCAAGAUCACUGGGCAAUGCUUCGAGGCUUGAAAUACUCGAUUUGCCCGAUAACAAAUUCAUUAAUCUCAAAGGAGGGUUGCCGGAGUCCGUUGCAAAUCUUUUGACCCAACUUGCAAUUAUAACAAUGAGCAAAAACCAGAUAUUUGGAAGCAUCCCUAAUGGGAUAGGAAAUCUUGUCAGCUUGACUGAAUUGGCAAUAGAUCAGAACCUUAUGACAGGUUCUAUUCCGGUCAGUAUUGGGAAGCUUCAGAGGCUGCAAAUCUUGGACUUGUCCAGAAAUAGAUUUUCAGGCAGCAGUCCAUACUCCAAUGGGAACAUCUCUCUCCAGAGUGAGCUGUACUUGUGUUAA